CGGUCAAGUCAACAUGGCGCUGCUCAGAUUUCUGAAACGAAGGCUGAGUUUUCUAGGACUGGUGUUUAUCGCAACAAUAUUUUGGAUAUUUUAUUUAAUUCUGUCAGCGCCAGCAGCAUCAGAUUCACCUUACCACCGUGGUGUAUUGCCGCAUGAUCAGGGAAAGAUUUUGAAGAAGGAAAUAGUUAGUGUAACAAGAAAAGUGAUGUUACAACCACUACAACCUCAGAAUGUUGAACACCUGGAGAGAAAUGAUGAGAAACAGAUCCAGCCACCGAAAGACUCUGACAUUGCCGGCAAGCCUAUAGAAGUACCAGAAAAACAAGCUAUACCAAGGCCUCCACCUGAAAUAAGCAGAGAUGUUGUAGAAUUCGUAAAGCCAUUCGGUGACAACAAUAAAGAUGCCGAUGGUGAAAAUGUAAGGAGUGGUCCACAAAAAGAUUUAGAAAAAGAAGCUGAUAAGGCUAAAGAAAACAGUCCAAAAGCGGAUGAUAUUGACAAAAAGUCCAAUGAAAUUAAAAGAUUAGAUGAGAACAAGAAUAUGACUUCUAAAGAAACAUCAAAGAAACUUAAUGAAACAAUCAAAGCUUUAAAUGCUACUAAUCAGCCUGUACUUAAACAAGUGGAAAAUCAAGUUAUAAAACUUGGAGAAAGUUUUAAGAAUAAGACUCUUGGAGACUGGGAAACAGUGAAGAAUAAGACAUUAGAAAAAUUAACUGAUUUAGGAGUGAUAAAAAAGCCGGAAUAUAUAAAAUUGAUUUAUACUCCAGUUAAAUGGAUUUUAAACAUGUCAAUUGAAGACAUAGGAAAUAUUAUGAAAGAUACACAAUACUUUCAAGUUAAACAGAAUCUGACAGAGAUGGAGUAUCAUCCUUUGAUGUCUCCAAAUUCGACAGAGAAGUUAAAUUUGACAGAAGUGAAGUAUGGACUAGGAUAUUGUGAUUGUAAGGAUCUAGAAUGUAUGUGCUGUGUUCGUAUAUAUAACAAAUGGAUGAGAUUGAAUAGUACAGCAUGUUCCCUGAUAACGUUCUCCUCAAAAUCUCAGGAGUUGCAGUUUGUUUAUUCCAUUGAUAAAACACCAAUUUUUGACAGAAAAAUUGCAGCUGAAUUUCCACCCAAGAUAUGCCUAGAAUCCUCAUCUAAAGCAGCUGGGAUUUGUACACUAUUUUCCAAUGUUACAGCAAAAGUUAACGUAGAAAGUGAUAUUCAUAAAAUACAUCUAUCUGGAUGCAUCGAGUAUGACUUGACGUUAUAUAACAGAACAGUCAGUUCGUUCCCUGUUGGAUGCUUCCAGAUUCCAGGAAAACAGUCUACACACAAGGAGGAGAAUCAGGCUCAAAAUCUUGGAAAUUUUAUGCCAUGAUUUUAGUUUCAAAUGAUACUUAAAAAUAUUUUAUUGUUUGGUUAUCAAUAGACUCUUCUGCCAUUAUGGGAUAUUACUUUAAAAUGGUGCAUUUAUAGCUUUUCUAAGGCUAAAGCUUACAUGAGCUUAUAUGAGUAUCAUUGUGAUCAGUCUGUCUGUCCGUACAUAUCUGUCUAGUGUUAUUUCUUGCGCUGUCUCCUGUAAAUGCAUUUUUAGCUUGUCUAUUGGAAUAUUUUCAGAGCUAUCCUACUCCUUUAUUACUACAUGCAUUUUACUCAGAUUUAAAAGUUUUAAAUUGGGAUCAUUGAUCGCUCCAGUGAUUGCUAGCCCCUGCUUCCUUGGGUAUGCUCUAUUUCAUGAUCCAGCAUCAAAAUAGUAGAGCAUGUUGUCUAAUGUGACAGCUCUUGUUAACUUAGGAGGAAAAGGUUAACCAGUCAUUUAAAGCAGCAUCCAGCAUCUUUCUCCUGUAAAAAGAAGAUUACUGUGAAAUCAUUAAUAUACGUGGGGGUCUAAUUUUCGUGGAUUUGGUGGUUGAGUUUAUCCACAAAAUUUAAUCCCAACGAACAAGUAAAAUUCCCAUUCAUUUUAUGUUCAAAAGUUGACAUCCACAAAUUCAUAUCCCCACGAAAUUGCUGUUUUGACCAAAACUACGAAAUUUCAUGCCCACGAAAUUUAAUGAUUUUACAGUAAUUUAUACACAUGGAGCUUUAUUGUUUCACAUAACCAUGCAAGUUUUUAUCAGCAAUAGGCUAAAUACUGGUGAAGACAACAGUAUGAACUAAACCGUGCCAUGAGAAAACCAACAUAGUGGGCUUGCGACCAGCAUGGAUCCAGACCAGCCUGUGCAUCUGCGCGGAUGCACAGGCUGGUCCGGAUCCAUGCUGGUCGCAAAUGCACUAUGUUGGUUUUCUCAUGGUGUGGCUCAAUUAUGAUGUUUUCACUUAUUUGAAGAUCGACUUACAGUCUGUCUAGCAUGUCAAGCUGAAUGCAAGUUGGCCACUGACUGCUUGAAAUAUACAUUUCCCUGGCUGCUGUCAGUAUAACGGCAGAUAUCUUUUAAAUAACAGACUGAAAAAGGGAGAUAAUUCCUCAAUGUGUCUUUCUGUUGUUAAUACUUGUUGGGUGAGCGAGUCGGGUCUGGAUGAUUCCUUACCAUCCUGGCAUUUAAUAUUGAUAGUCAGUAUAUCAUUUUGUCUGUGAUGUUGUCAUAUGUGUUCCAUCAUGAUAAAAAGGGGCCAUCUUGCGGUAAAAUUUUUCGUAAAAAAAAAGACUUAAAAUAAAAGGGAAAAAUUUUCUUAUCUUUCUCAUUUCUAAUUUCUUUACAUACCAAAUAUACAUGAAGAUAUAUAUUCUCAUAAACAGAAUAAAUUAGAUGUAACUUCUGUCAAAAAAUGAAAUUUGUACAUUUUGAUCAGAUUGUCCUGUUUAUCAUGAUGGCUAACAUAUAUGUCUUUAUAUUUCUUUUUUUUAUUUGUAGAUUUAUAUUUGUAUGAUGUUUCAUGUCAUUACUGAAAAGCUUUUUACUCCACUUUUCUACAACAUUGUCCAUAUUUCGUGGGUAGAAAGUAUGAUAAUGUGUAAAGAUGAAAUAUUUCUGUGUUUAUUAGAUAGGUGUUUUUACAGUAACUGUGAAAUCAUGUAAUUUCAAGGGUAUGAAAUUUUGUGGUUUUGGCAAAAAACAGCUGUUUCAUGGGGACUUCACGUUUUGAAGAGAAAACUAAUAGGAAUUUGGUUUUUCUAGUUGGAUUGAAUUUCAUGGCUUGACAGACAUUUGACAUCCACAGACAAUUGACCCCCACAGAUAUUAUGGUUUUGCAAUUGUUCUUGAGAUUUUCCCAUUCUUUUGUCAUGUGUUUAGUAUGUUAAUUUUCCCACCAUUGUAUCACUCGCAUUGGUAUAGGAUGUCAGUUUCACAUAGGCCUUAGCUCGUAUUCCUCAAAGUUUUAAGUCUUGAGAUUAAGGCUUAGACUUUUUCUUUAAAUAUUAAAUUUUUCUUUUUCCUCCUAGACAUUGUGAUUAUUUUGAUGAAUCAUUGCUGAAUGGGCAGCGACAGAGUUGUGUAAAAUUUCAGAGUUAUAUAUCUAACUUCCUUGAACAAUGUUAUUACAAAUCAAACAUUUAGUGUUCCUUUAAAGUCCGGGUCAAAAUUUCAGACCUAAAAUGUUAAUAGGUACAUACCCUGAUGAUAGAUAAUACGGCAACAUUUAUGAAUCUAGUCAAAUUAGCCUUAGAAACAACUUUCCAAGGCCUUUAUGGGAGACCUACCUCAGAGCUUGAAAAUAAUCACAUAUCACUUUUAUAAGUUUUACUAUAAGCAGGAUUUAAAAGUGACUUUUUUGACAUUGUUUAACAGGAAUAACAGAAUGAGGGAAUCAUAUUCUGAACAAAACUUUCCUUUACUUCUUCUAUAUAAUUUUGAUAUCUUAGGUAUUUUGUAAUGAAGAUAUUUGAACUUUAUAUUUAACAAAACUGUGGCUUCUUAUAUGAAACUUGACCAGUUUCAUUAAAAUGGGGGAGUUUUUCAAUGAAGUUAUGAAAAAUGUAGUUUUGUAAUUUAUUAUUUCCUUGUCAUCAAAUUUAUGUUCAAGAUAUUUGGUAUUACCAUUUAAUUAUUACAUCCAAAGAAAUGUCGUGGGGGGAACUUAAUUAUUUCAUUCAGCGUUAACACUUCAGCAACUUGUAAGGAUCUAGGUAGUCAGCAAAUAGUCCUGUGUGAACUUUCUUGUUUAAACCAUUUUACAGUGCAAUUUAAAUGUAUUAUUUUUAGAAGAAAACAUAUUAUGAUUGCUAGUUUACUACGUAGAUAUAAAUACAUGUGAACUUGUUGCCAAGUAUAUUAUUAUUCAAAUAUGUAAUAUUGGACACAAUAUUGGAUAAACUGUGCAUGUCAAAUGAAACAGAUUGAGCCAGUUCCAGACUCAGCUGGGCCAAUAUGAAAGGGUCAGUUGGGGGUUCAAGCACUUUGAUUAUUAAACUGAGGGUUCCAUUAUGGAGUUUAGUAAUAUAAGUGUUUUCAUAUCAGCCAUAUUAUUUUGUCUGCAAACAAUGCAGUCGUAAUGGCCCUCUGCUAUUCUGCCUUGGGUCUGUACGACCACCCUCGGACAAAUAACAAGGCCAGUAUAAGAUAAUUGGAUUUAUAACAUUAUAUUUUUAUGUGCUUGUAUAAUGAAGAGCCAGUAGAAAUUCAAAUGUAAGUCAUGUCUAAAAAACUUUUUUUUUUAAUUUUUCUUUGAAGACGUGUUAUUUUAUUGAUGUGUAGUAUAAUUUGAUUUGUUUUACUUGUUGGAUGUCAAAAUAAUAGAGUAGAGAAAACAGCUAUAAAAUGUGAUGCCCAGGCUUAGGCUGUGGGCUUUACAUGUAAGAAUGUUCUUUUUAGCAGCAGUUUGGCCGUCAACAAAAAAAAGGCAUUUAUGCAUUUUUAAAUUUUCGAAAUAAACUUGACUGUAUACAUUGUGUAAAUUUGAGAAAAUAUAGUAUUUUAUGUACAAGUUUACUAGGCUUACAUUGUACAAUCAUGAGCAUAUAUAGUAUUAUACCAGUCUGAUAUGGAAAUUGUUAAGUCAGAAAGAAAGCACUUCAUACAACUUUUAUACUAGGAAUAAUUUAAAGGCACUGAUCUCCAGUUUGUGUAACAAAAAAAAAAAAGAAAAGAAAAUUUUUGAUAUCAGAAGAAUUUUGUUAUAUUGCUGAAGAAAGCUUUGAAACUUAGCUACUGACAGAUUAUAUGUUAUAGAAACUCAUAAUAAUUAUUUGUUUUUACAAAUUUUUCCCAUUCAGAAUUGAAAAGCGUUUGUAACAAGGUACUGGAGGUAAAAUGCCUUAAUUUUAAAGCUUUAUAAUUAACAUUUGUCAAGUCCAUAUUUUUCCAUGGUGUAUUGGUCAAGAACACAGGAAAGAUUUUAUUGUCGCAGUCACCCGGGGUUCAAUUCCCGACUCUGGCAUGGUUUUUUUUCUUCAUUUGACAUUUUUAAGAUACUUUAGCAACAAAAACUCAUGUUCUAAUGUUCUUAAUAUGACCACAUUUUAAUUUGAAAGAAGGAUCAUUUUUAGCCAAAAUCUGUAGGUUAGUGCCUUUAGAAUAAUAUCACCAAAAAGGUCAAUAGACGAGGUGUAACUUAGGUAAAGGUCAGAAUGAAUAAGCAGAAAGUGAUAUUCACACGUGCAUGAAGGUCACACGUGCCUGAAGUUUCUGUACAUGAUCUGUUGAUGAAAGAAGAUUAAUUUAAUUUCACACCAGUUUCUUGGCAAUCAUGAGCCAAAACUUGUGCCUGUAAAAAUAAGCCACUUAAUGGAGAAACUUAGGUUGUAAACUCUUCUCUUGUAUUCUGGAAGGGAAUAAACAUGUACCGAAGGUUUGUUUGUAUUUUUGUUGAAAUGUUUAAUAGUUAUGUAAUGGUUUUGUCAAAAUUCUUGGCUCUAAGAAAAAACAGUAACAAUUUUAAUGGACCGUGUUACUAACAGAAACUCCAUGCACCUGUGAGCAUACAGUGCAUUCUAAAGUCUGAAUUUGUUCAGUUUUUUAUAGAUUUUUAGAUGGAUGGGUGUAAAAAUAAUUAUUUAUUUAUAUUUUUGUAUGAUUGUAAUAGUGGCUUUUUUGAGUUAUGUGAAUUUUCGUAGGUUGCUGUGAAAUGUUUAUGUCUGUAUCUGUUGGUUUUAUGUUUACAUUCCAGCAGACAUUUUAUGCAUAAUUGCUUGAUAUCUGGGGAAUCUUAAAUGGGAAAUUAAAAUUAAUACCGGCACUGGAUUGUUUAAAUUCAAUUCAAAUUCUUUUUAAAUUCAGCAUUAGUUUUCGCUUUAUGUGUGUAUUGAAACUUUGAAGAUCUUCUCUGAUCUGCAGGUUAGCUUUCAAAGAUAUUAAGCAUAAAUAACUUUUUCUUAGAUAACUUUAAAAGAAGAUUUUACCAGUUUGAACUGUGAAUCUUAGAUGAACAACCUAGGGCUAUCAUGGACCACAUGUUGUUUUAACCCUAAAAACAUGAUUAAAACAUUUGCUGUAUUUUUCUUUGAAUAAUUUGAGCCGUGCCAUGGGAAAACCAACAUAGUGGGUGUGCGACCAGCAUGGAUCCAGACCAGCCUGCGCAUCUGCGCAGUCUGGUCAGGCUCCAUGCUGUUCGCUUUUAAAGCCUAUUGGAAUUGGAGAAACUGUUAGCGAACAGCAUGGAUCCUGACCAGACUGGUCUGGAUCCAUGCUGGUAGCACACCCACUAUGUUGGUUUUCCCAUGGCACGGCUCAUUUGAUGUUUCUACAUAAAAUUUACAGAUAUAUCAAUUGUACAAUCUUAUCAACUGGGACAGAAUAAGACCUGGUUUUAACUGGUCAUCAAAAUAACAAAACCUGGAGCAUUUUGCAUUCUAAUAAUUCUGAAAGUCUAAAUUUUUAUCAUAAUAGGUCCUGCUAACAAAGUGAGAAAAACUGUAAAUCUGUUUAUUUUUGAGCAUGUAAAUAUAUGUUUUUUUUGCAAAAACCGCUACUUCAUGGGUAAAUUCCUGGAUUUUGAACAUGAAAUGCAUGGAAGUUUAUUUUGCUCUUUGGGAUUGAAGGAUUGUUCGUCCUGUCUAGUUCGAGCAAACGAAGUUCCACUGUAUUCUAACGUCACAUAUCCUCGCAUGAUACUGCAUGAUUAAAGGAUUUCGUCACUCAUUUUAUGCUGUCAAUGAUCUUUAGAAACAACAUCAAUAACUACUACAGGUUUUCCUUCAUAACAUACCUAUUAGUGGCAUUUUUGUGCAAUUCUAAUGAUAAAAUAAAAUGAUGGUUUUUUUGGCAGAGGCUUGUCUAAAAUAUCACUAAAUGAUAUUGUUUCAUAGGGUCUCCUUUUACCUACAAAAAAUUACAUUAUGUACAUAGUACCCUAACUACAGUAACCCCAUCAGGCUUGUUAAGAGGAUAAACUUGAAUCACUUUGUCAUGUCCAUUCUUUGUGUUCUUUGUAACCAAGAAUGAAUAGUUAUUACUUACAUGUUUUCUAUACAUAGUCAAGUUUUUGUAUAUAAAAACGUUUUCCUAUAAUCACUUGUCAGUAAGUACACAAAGGUAUUCAUUAAGUUUCUUUUGUUUAAUGAAGCAUUUGAGUGAAAUAUAAAUCAGUUUUGCCCUCAUUUGUAGUUCAUAAAAAUUAUGCCUCUUUGGUGUACAGUGGAACAUUUUACACUGUCUUAUCUUUUUCACACUUGUACUGCACAACAGUAGUUGCGGGUUGAGCAUGAAACUAUUGUAUCUUGUUCUUUAUUCAUGCACAAAUACAAUAGUUUCAUGCUCAGCUCUCUAUGUGUGUAGUAUGCUUUCUGAUCAUUAUUAAUUUAAAUGAAGAGUGGCACUCUUCUGUUAUUCCCAAUGGUUCUAUAAAUUGAAUUCCAUGUUUUUAAAACUAUGUAGAAAAAUGGAAUGUUUGAUGGAAACAUUUAGAAAGAAAUUAGAAGUGCUGUUAAUACUCAGGGCUUAAAAUAUGUAAAGGAUAACUAGGUUAUUUAUGAACCAUAACUUCAUUUCAUUAACACUAGAAAUAUUUGAGUGCCGUUAUGCAAAACUCAACAUGUGGGCUUUGCAACAAACACAGAUCUAGCAAAGUCCUUAUGUUGGUUUUUGCACAGCUACGUUCAUUUAUAAAGCAAGAAGAUAAAAAGCAUUAAUCAACAUUUUUUUUUGCUUGAAAUGUACAAAGUGUACAUGUACAUGUAGUUUACCACUAGUCAAUUAAAGUUUUCCCUUUUAACCCUUAGCAUGCUAAAUUUCUAUAAUGAACUUGACCAUCUUUCAAUUUGGACAGUGCCAUUAACUGUUAAAAGGGGUGCUUACCUUAAAUAUACUGUCUGAAUAGCGAAUAGUGCAGAUCAUGAUCAGACUGCAUGGAUGUGCAGGCUGAUCAUGAUCUACUCUGGUCGCAAAGGCAAAACCAAUCAUGUUCAGCAUGGUAAGGGUUAAAAGUACUGGCAAAAUUUUAUUUACAAAUAGCUAUUCCUUACUUGUUUGUGCGCAUGAUUGUUUAGAAAAGCAUUUGAGACCAUCAGUAGUUAGCUAGUCAUUGUAAAGCCUACAAAUCAAUUUUAUUAAGUGUGUAGCUUAUUUGAAAGGUUGUGUGAGCUUAUAUUGUGUGGUACAACUGUUUGGAAUUUCAGCUGCUCAUCUGUGAUUUCAUCCUGUGACACUGCUUGCUGUCUUUUGGAAAAAAAAAUUUAAUAUACAGUUACACAAGUUUUUUUUUCACAGAUCUAUAUUUAAUACUUUAGGUGCUGAAUUUUACAGAAUGAUGUUUGAUGUACUAUGAGGUUAUUUAACAAUAAGGAAGUAUAUUUUGACAAGUGCCAAUUUGAAAAACAUACUGAACAAGUCGAUAUGCAACCCCACCGGUCACUGUGCAGCAAUGGACAAACACCAGAGUAGCUCCAUUAACCGCGGGUAAGCCAGCUAUUCUUCCUACCUCCUCCCCGUGUCCCCAACGUCCUCAAGUAAUGGCACACAGGCUUGAACCUACAGAGAUUAGGGGUAGAUGAUUUGAAGUCAGCAACCUUAACUACUUUGCCAAAGAGUCUAGAAAAAUGACUCAAGGCCCUUUUCAGCAAAAUCAGUUCUGCAUUAUAAAUUAUAACAUUUACCUGUAUAACGUAACAUUUAAUUGUAUACAUUUAUUUGUAUAACGUAACAUUUAAUUGUACAAUGUCUGAAAUUGAAUACUCAAGAUCUCACAAUUCCAUUGUCAUAGAACUUAACGAAUACAUGUAUAUAUCGUAAACAAGACUAAAUUUGUAUUGUUCACUUUCCACAUGAAGAUCUAUAUGAUAUAUCAUAGACAUUAUAUCCUUAUAAGUAUGUAGCAUGUAAGAGUGUUGCAGUUGUCAGGUAAGUGCUGUAUUUAAUUGUUCUUAUAUUUAUUUGUUAGUAUAUUGUCAAAUGCUUUUAUAAAACAUGCCUUUGGUUUUGUUUAUAUAAUAUACACAACUCAAAUUGAGAAGAAUUGUUUUUGUUGUUGUUCUGUUCUAGGGGUAAGAAAUAAUAAAAAAGACGAAAUAG